CAGCGAACCUAACACGACCCGUUUGAGAAAACAAAUGGAAGACCUGUCAUAAGACUACGAGCCGAGACCGAGUAGGUCAGCGCCAAAUUGCAAUCCUCAUUCUAUCUUACAUGGCAAGUUUUGAGUGAGGCCCAUUUCCGUUUUCUAUUUUAGGCGACCAAAAUUCUUUUCAGGUGUAAUAAAAUAGCCCGCCUGUUCCUUUUCCCGCCUAACACUUUUUCAAUCCUUUUCGCUAUUUUUUGCUGCCAAAAUUAGCGGUCGACAUAUAUACAUAAGCGCCACUCAAAGUUACUGUUGUGAUUUAGCACCUUACAAUGGCCCGACGAGGAAGAAGUUCGCAUCCUCUCCCCUCAUCAGCUCCCAUCUCCGUUGGGAAUUGUGAGGUCGUUGUGGAGGCAAAGAAUUUCACAUCCGAAUUGAGUGGGGACAGCCUUCUGAUAUCUAUGUCGAGAUCUGAGAAAGUCAGAAUCUCAGCUUUGAUCGGUCUUGAUUUUGUGUUUUGUGCCGAUGUUUUUGUUGCAGUGGUGGAGAAAGUGAAUGAACAUGACGAUUUUGCAGGUCGAAGCACUAAGAAACUUGGUAAUGGUUGUUUUGUGCUUGCUAAUCCAAAAAAUUCAGAUGGUGAAACCAAGUCCCUUCUCCAGGAAGUUCUAGUUCUUUACAUGAAAGAGCUACCCGCAAUGAACUAUGCUUCUAAUACUGGAAAGGAGUCGAUGUUCCUAGAAAGAUGUGUUACAAAUGGGAAAUAUUGCACCUUAGUUCUGAAAUCCAAGGAUGAUAAUCAAGCGAGCGAGGUCAUUGCAGCAAUUACUUAUCAAAUAGUUCCAGUUGAUUCACAGUAUGCUGAGGUUCCUCUUGCUGCUGUUAGCUCAAUCUUUCAACGGAAGGGAAUUGGUCGCUUGUUGUACAUGGAAUUGAGAAAAAGGCUCCAGAAUGUUGGAAUUCAAACUAUAUUCUGUUGGGGAGACAAAGAAUCUGAGGGAUUUUGGCUCAAGCAGGGAUUUGAAGUGAUUGGUGAGGUGGACAAAAAGGGCAGAGGUCACAAACUCCGAAUCAAGGCUGACGUCCGGAAAGCAUUAUGUUUUCCUGGUGGGUCAACCCUUAUGGCAUCACAUCUUCUCAAAGAUAGCUUGUCCGAACCAGUGGAGCUUCUAAAUCUAGGCUUACCCACAGAGUCCCUUCAGUUGAAUUCUCUAAACCAAGAGCCAUGGAAUAAUGCAAAGGGAAAUGAACUUAUGGAAGAAGAUGACCAGCUAGCUGAAGUUUGGUGUACUAAGUCAGAAAAGUUAGUGACUGGAAUAUGUGCACUUGAUGAUGGACUUCUGCCACUUGCAGUAAGUUGCAGUGUGGCUGAUGCCUCAGGAAAACAUGAUGUUGGAAUUGAAGAUCAUGAGGACAAUUGCUCUUGGUCAGCGCUGGAUACUAAGAAAAGGACAUGGGAAGCCUCAUGCACGUCAUUGAAGUCUAAAAAAGUCAAGGGAACCCGUACUGAUAGCCAGUUGGGUUCUCACUGUCGUGUAUGGACUAGUGAUGAAAAAAUCGCUAACUGCCAUGAUCAAAACUGCUUGGGAACAAACUCUGCGAAUCAUAGACCUCACGAAAAAGGUGAAAAAUGCAAAAUGGCUGAUAUCAGAAAUGAAGACGUGUAUAUGCCCCCUGAAAUCCCCUCUCCAGCAAAAUCUAAUAGAAUUAUGUUAAUGAACAUUGCUGAUGAUGAGAAAAAGGCACGUCUCUCCAAGAUAAUUGAAGAUCUGGGUGGAGUUGUUGCUCUGGAUGGAAGUGCUAGCACACAUGUUGUCACAGGAAAAGUUCGAAAGACAAUGAAUUUCUGUACCGCUCUCUGUUCAGGGUCAAGCCUGGGUUGUCUCAUCUGGAUGGUUGAAAGAAAGCUUCAGGAAGGGCAGAUUUGUUGGUACACUUUCAGCAACUUAAACUUGCAUGCUUUCUGCUUUCAGCCAAAUCCCAACCGUAAAAUGGAUUUAUUUGCAGAUGAAACGCCUUUCAUUUUGGAAGAUGAAGAUUACAGGACUAAGUACAGAUGCAAACUGAAAAGUGCAGUUCUCAGAGCUAAAGCUAGACCAAGUGCAUUGUUUAAAGGUCUUGAUAUAUUGCUGUCACCUCUUGUCCAACCCCCACCCAGUAUGCUCACAGUCAUUGUUAGGUCUGCAGGAGGAAAUGUCAUUCGAGCCAAGAGUGAAAUAAAAGAUGUAUCCGAAACCAUAUUUGUGGCAUGCGAAGAAGAUAUGAAGGAAGCUCUAACAGCAGCAAAGAUGGGGAUUUGGACGUUCAGUAGCGAGUGGCUUAUGAACUGUAUCAUGAAGCAAGAGCUUGAUCUUGAGGCCCCUCAGUUUGCAGAGUCCCUUUAGACUUUGAUCGGCUUACCAGCUUUAUAAAAAUGCUGCAUGGAAUUAUCAAAUAUGUGCAUAUGCCUAGAAAGUUAGAAAGGUGAACUUGUUGAAGCCUUUUGAAUCUUGUUACAUUUACUCAGGAGUUGCUCUUGGCUGAAAGAUGAUGCAAAGUAUUGAUUCAUAUAAACUCUAGUAAGUUAAUUGGAAUUUGGUUUUCAUAUAAACUCUAGUAUUUAGUUGUUAAGGCUUAGAGUUGACAAUGAUGUGAUUUUUGUUUUUUUUACCCCUCUUUGUUUGAAGAUUCAUCUUAAACAAUUAAAUCUCCCGAUUUCUAUUGUUUAAAUGACAUCUCCCGAUUUCUAUUGUUUAAAUGAC